GAAGUAGCAGGGCAGGGCAGGGUGGGCCGAGCAGGCCGAAGAAUCUUUGCUCCCCGUCCCCGGAGGCAUCUGGGGUGGGCCUGGGGGGCUGGGCUGCUCCCCCACCAUGAGGGCCUCUGGCUGGGCCCUGGGCCUCCUGCCACUUCUGCUGCUGCUUCCCGGAGCUGAGGGCCAGAUCCAGGUGUGCUCUGUGUCCCCUGACUGGAUCGAGGUGUACGAGAACGUGCUCCCCACACAAGCCGUGGCCACGAUCACAGCGCCCCCCGAGCAGGAGGUCGUCCUGAGCCCUACUUCCAAUCUGAUCUUCGAGAUUGAGAAUAGGGAGCUGAGGCUCAUUAGAGAACCCGAUUAUGAGACAGAUCCUGUGCUGACUGCAAACCUGGAGUGCAAGGAAGGGAAUAUCGUGGUGACCAAGCUGACCGUGACUGUGGUAGUCCUCAAUGUCAAUGACGAGCCCCCCCUGUUUCCCUUUUCCAGCAAAACCUGGAACGUCAGCGAGAACACCAACGUGGGGACCACUGUUAUACCGGCCACAGAACUGACAGCCACAGACAAAGAUGGGGACACGCUCUUCUACACUCUCUUAGGGCAGAGCCCCCCGGGUGCAGACAAGGUUUUCUCCCUGGCUGGGGUUAACUCCCCCGCCCUGCAGCUGGCCCAGGCUCUGGACUAUGACAAGAUGCCAUCCAUGGUCUUCCACCUUCUGGUCAGGGACACUCCCGAACCAGAGGCUGAGCCCAGCCACACGGCCACAGCCUCCAUCACAAUCCAAGUGGUUCCUGCCGACAUGCGCCCACCCUGGUUCUUGCCCUGCCAGUACAAUGAUGGGCGGGUCUGCAUCCACGCCCAGUACCUGGGGACGGUGCCCGUUGGCUUCCUCCUGACAACACCCUUCACCUUCUUCCCUGGGCCUGUGUACGCUGUUGAUGGGGACACUGCCAUCAAUGAGCCGAUAAGAUACAGCAUUAUUCAGGGGAACGAGAACAACACUUUUCAGAUUGGAGAGGACUCGGGCAACGUCACCAUGACCAAAGCCGUCCCCAUCCCCACCAUCUUCCACCUGCUGGUCCAGGCUCGACAAGUGCACACGGGAAGCUAUUCUGUGACCCAGGUGACCAUCGAGGUGAUGAACAAUCAGCACCCGCCUCGCUUCACCCGGGCCCUGUACCGAGGCUGGCUGCCCCCGGACACCCGCCCUAACGUGGCCGUGAAGGACGAAGAAGACCCGGCCAGGUUGCUGACGCUCAGCGCUGAGGACCUUGACUUCCCGCCAGAAGUGCCCAAUUGGGGCCUGGAGUACCGAAUCACCAACAGCUCCGCCUUCAGGAUGUCUGGGGAAGUUGUGCUGACCAGCGCCCCCGUGGGGCCCCCCGGGGUGCUCUACCUGGAGGCCGAGGUCUUGGACAGGCAGACGAGGGAGAAGGACACCACCACCAUCCAGGUCCUCAUCCAGCCCACCCCUCCAGAAUCCACGACUCCAGACAGUGAUAGGCAGACCGCUCCGACUUCAAGCAGCACCCCGACCCCGAGCCCUGGCACCGGCCCCACCCAGGCCCCCCCACACCCAGACACCACUGUGAAGCCCUCGGCCACGCCCCCUUCCCAGGGGACCCCAGGCCCUAGCCCCGACCCCCCCCAGACCCCCCCACACCCAGACACCACUGUGAAGCCCUCAGGCGGACCCCCCACCCAGAAUCCCGCAGGCCCUGACCCCACCCAGGCCCCCUCCCGCCCAGACACCACUGUGAAGCCCUCAGGUGGACCCCCCACCCAGAAUUCCCCAGGCCCUGGCCCCUCUGGGGGCUCCCAGACUGAAACCCCAGGAGGGAUCACAGGGAAACCGACUCCAGAGUCAGGUGCCUCAGCAACAACCUCUCUGGGAACCAUUGGACCCUCCAGGCCCACAGGUGGCUCCUCGGGGGACAAGACGCAGCGGAGGUUCACGGCGAGCGAGAUGGGGGCCACCGGGGGAGUGCUGGGAGCCCUGCUCUUCCUGACCCUCAUCCUGCUGGGAGUCUUUGUCUACAAAUACUAUAGGGGCCCCAGGGAGAGCCCUCUCAGCAGCAAGCCCGGGACCGACCCGAAGGACUCGGGUUAUGAAAACAAAGCAUUCCAAGCCCAGGAGGCGCCCGAUGGGGGAGCCUCCCCCAGCCCUAGCCCAGAGCCGGAGCCUUUGCCCCGGCCCCCCACGGGUGACUCCCCAAGGGGGUCCAUUCGCAGCCUGGCCCUGCCGAUGCCCGAUGCCGAGGUGACCCCCCCUGCGGUCAGAGAGCCCGAGGAGAAGGCGGAGGCCCAAGGCCGGGGGAGCACCAGGGAGAAGCCCAUGAGGUCCAUCCUGACCAAGGAGCGCAAGUCAGAGGGGGGAGGCUACAAGGCUGUGUGGUUCGGAGAGGACAUCGGGGCACAAGUGGAUGUGGUCGUCAUCAACAGCCCGGCGCCCGAGGAGCCCCACGCUGAAUCCCAGGAGCCAACAGCCCAACCUAGUCAGGGGCCCAGUCCCAGCUGAGGACCCUGGCCCCCCAGAGAAGGCGGGGGGGGCGCUCCUCGUGCUGUGCACUCUCGGCUCUGGUUCCAGCCGCAGCCUGACUCGGGGGUCUCUGGGACCGUCCCUGCAUUAAACGCACUAAGCUGA